AUGUUGGGUACUGUGAAACCCAGAAGGCUUUUAGACUAUGGGAUCCAGCCACUAGGAAAUUUCAGCGAUCCUCCAUUGGUAUACCCAGAACCUACAGCAUUGGCUCCAGAAAAUUCAAUAUCAGACCCAUCUGGAACAUUGCCGUCUGAAAAUCAAUUGUCUUCGAAUCCAGAUCAAUCAUCUGAAGCCCAAGAAGCACUGAUUGUUACCAUCGAUCCAGUUGCAAUGAAUCCUAGAAAAAAGAAACAAGCUACCAUCGUCACUCCCAGAGAGGAAAAUCCACUUGGAACAAGAAUCAGAAACAAACCCAACCGGUGGAUAGAAGAAUCUCAAACUGAAAAAUAUGCUGGAAUGGCAAUACUGGAUGUUAAAGAACCGGAAAUGGUUGAAGAAGCUCUCAACUCAGCUCAAUCAGAGAAGUGGAUGGUAGCAAUGGAGGAAGAGUUUUAGUCACUUGUGAAGAACAACACCUGGACAAUCUGCAGUUUACCGAUUAAUUUAGACGUUCUCAGGUUCCACCAAAGUGUGGCACCGCAGGUGGGUUGAAACUCCAAGUCACAGUUUUUCGUUUUCACCCAUCUCGUAGGGCUAGCUGUUCCAUACGACGAAGGCACUCGGAAAAUUCACCCACAGCUCCAACAAAGUUGGUGAAAUUAUCACUGUGAUAAUGUUUAGGUGUUGUAUGACGAUCUUAGAAACGACUGAUGGAGUUAAUGAAUGAAGAAGUGUCAAGAGAGUAUGACAUUUCCAGGUGAACGGCUCUUGACGACAUGAUACAUAAGGUAAACAAACAGGCCCAGCGUUUAACUUCCGUCUGAAUAUCGUAACGUUGUAUGGGCCAAAUAAAUCUACUCCGGUGUGUGUAAAGGUGGGGUAAAAAGGCUUCGGACGGUAACCGGGAAGACCUGCCAUUAUUGGAAAAAGUGCUUUUGCGUAGUGUUGCUUGCAUUUAAAACACCUAUUUAUAAAUCUUCUCACCGUUUUUCGUCCACGUUGAACCCAGUAGAAUUUACGUAAUUCGUGAAAGAUUCGCUCUGUUGUGGAGUGUGCGAACUCGAGGUGGAGACUAUAAAUUAGUAAUUCCUUGAUUUUUUCGUCAGCUGGAAGUAUAAUCUCAUGGCGAGUUUCCGCGGAGCACUUUCAAUACGU